AUGGAGAUGGAACAAAUCAUGAACUUCCUGUUGCAGACUGAGAGGGCCCCCAGUGCCUCUGAAGAUCCGGCUGUCCUGCCCAUCAUCGGUCCGGUGAGAGUUGGAAAGAGCACCCUAAUCGAGCACGCUUGUGACAAUCAAAGGGUGCGCAACCACUUCUCUCAGAUUUUGCGUUUCAGUGGCGAUGACCUUAAGGAUGCAAGUUUAGAGACCCUGAGAGAUGGAGGUAGAAUCAAGCAUCAAAACCAUGGUAUGGGCGGUGGAAGGACACUGAUCAUCAUUGAGGUAGUUUUGGAUAUCGAAGAGUCUGCAUGGAAAAUAUUGUAUUCAGCUGCUAGAAGUUGCAUCGUGAGCGGCAGUAAGAUCAUAGUCGCUAGCCGGUCUGACAAGAUCGCAAGUUUUGGAACCACACAGCCUAUCAGACUGCAGUUCUUUACACAAGAAGCAUACUGGUACUUCUUCAAGGCGCGUACUUUUGGGAGCACGAGGGUGGAGGACCACCCGAAGCUCGCAGCCAUGGCCAUGGACAUUGCCGGGCUGAUGAAUAAGUGCUUCAUGGGUGCAGCCAUUUUCACUGGACUACUGAAAGCAAACUUUAACCUCCAUUUCUGGAGCAUGGCCCUUGAAUUCCUCAGGAAUAUCAGGCAGAAGAAUAUCUUGCUAUAUGGCGAACGUUUUGCUAAUGGUUGGCAGUUCGAGGAGCCCGUAUAUCUUAGGAGAGCAAAGAAAACUUCUUCUGAAUGCUUCGCAAUUUUUGCUAUUUACCAAGCUUGUUCUGAUGACACUGAACCUGAAGAUCUCGAGAUGGUUAGCGUGCAAGACCUCUGCUUUGGAAGUGUUAGGCCUCAAGGAAAUUUCAAGGUCCAUGCGUGGACAUCUCAUUUGCCGCCUCACUACAACUACAUGUUCCACUGUGGGAUACAGAGGCCAGAGCGUAUGGUCGCCAACAUGACGAGACACAAGUAG